AUGGCGAUGCCGGUUCGCAAGUUUCAACGGGCAAAAUUGCCCAUAUCUGGCGGUCGGGCGGCCUGGCAGCGAAAGGAUGCAGAUCAGCUAUGCACGAAUCGCGGGUGUUGUGGCGCGGGCGCACGGACGCGACUCACGCAGGCUGCGCGCACGCAGCUCGAGUCUGCGCUGUGGAGCGAACUCAGCAAAUUAGCUGACACACUCACAAACAGAGCUAUCAAAUUUGAUGAAUUCUUCAGGCGGUUGUUGAAGCAAUCACGAGAGGAGUUCCACAUGAUGUUCAAGAGAACGUACGGCAUGAUCUACGAACAACACUCGUAUGUCUUCGAACAACUUUUUGAACAACUUGAAAGGUACUACACGCGAGGUGAUACCAACUUCGAUGUGAUGAUGGACGGGUUCUUCAGCAUACUCUACAACAAGAUGUUCACCGUUCUCAACUCACAAUACGAAUUUGACGAGAAGUAUUUGAAAUGCGUGAACGAACAUAUGCGAGACAUCCAGCCAUUCGAGGAUGUGCCCAAGAAGCUGUCGGUCCAGUUGCGCCGAGCUGUGGUGGCCACGCGCACCUUCCACAAAGCGUUGAGAGCCGGCGCUGAUGUUGUCAGGAGUAUGAUGCAGGUGCCAGUAACAUCGGAGUGCGUGACGUCGUGGGCCCGGCUCCGGUACUGCGGCGGGUGCGCCGGGUACCAGCAGCCCGCCUGCACGCGCUACUGCCACAACGUCAUCCGCGGCUGUCUGCCUGCACACGCCGACCUCGGGGACCAGUGGGAUGCCUAUGUCGACGCCGUAGAUAAAGUGGCCGACCGUUUGCUUGGCCCAUUCAACAUAGCUAUGGUGGUCGAGCCUAUAGACAUUAAAAUAUCCGAAGCGAUCAUGAGCUUCCAAGAGCACAACAGGGAGAUAUCGCAGAAGAUAUUCACGGGGUGUGGGAAACCUGUUCUGGGAGGUGGUGGUGGUGCCGGACCGUUCUUUGCACCAGGGAAAUCAAAGCGCUCCGUACGAGCCAUCCCAGACUUCGAUUGGCCACAAAGAGUAGAUGACGUUGACGACUUUGAAAUCGAAGCUUCCUUCGAGAGCAUCGUAAACGAGGAUCCCUCGUUAGCAAGUUUACGGACUCCGGAAGGCAUUCGAAAGGCGACGGAGGAGAUGGCGGAACAGGCCAAGUCUAGAGAAAGGUUCUUACAAUACAUGAGAGGGAAUAUUGACCUUGAGGAGUAUGAGGAACAUGAGAGGAAGCGUCGGGACGCCGACCCAGAGCCCGCCGCCGCUGGAAACAUGGAUAUCGACUUCAAGUCGUAUGAUUUCGAUGAGAAGAAGGGACCUAAGAAGAAGAAGCCUUCGGCUAAAAGCGAAGAGAAUCGUGGAUCAGAUUGGGGUGCGCCAGCACUAGAAAAACUUGUCCGCGAAACUCGAGGACGCAUGCGCAACACCAGACGAUACUGGAAUCAUCUACCGGCACUGCUCUGCACCUCCACCAGUGUUACCAGCUCACCAUGCUUCAAUGGAACCGAUGUUGCCAGCUACACCCUAAACGCAGCCAGUGAAGGUACAGCAGGUUUAGCUAGCAACCCUGAAGUGCGUGGUGUUGCCAGCCCUAUUGCGGUCGCCAGUGUUGCCACACAAGGAGAUUCUCUACGUACUUUAACCGCCAGGCUUAAAGAUGCUUACAAUGGCGUCGAAGUUCAGUGGCUCGAUACCGAUAGCAAGGACUUGCAAGUAGCCAAUUCGUUCGGUCGGGAGAUCUUGGAAGACGUGGAGUCGGGCUCCGGGUCCGGGGACUGGGGUACUAGCGACGGACUGCCUGAUGAUGACGAGGACAGACUCAAUGGAUACGACACUGGCUCAGGCGAAAGUCCAACAGACGCGGAUGACGAUCAAACAGAACGGGAGCCCGAAGUAAUGUCACCGCAACCACGGCCCGUGACGGAGGCGCCCAUCAUACCGAGCAUCAUAGACUCGCCCGCCACCAACAACGUCAACGUACGCGGCCGCGUCGGACCCGACACCGACAUGGGUAUAGUGAUACCACCUCGACCCGACACACCCGACACUGCCGACACAUCCGACACGUCCGACAGAGACAGCGACGUGCCGCGGGCCCCUCCACAAGACAUACCAACCCGCGAGCAACCCGUGGCCGGGGCCGCGGACAGCCCCGCCCUCCAGAGAGCACUCUUCACGUACGCACUGCCCGUCGUCUGCGCUUGGUUCGGCACCAUAGUCACCGACCUCUUCUAAACACGGCAAACAGAGACUGCGUUAUCAAUUUGUAUAGAAAUCGUUUGGUUUGUAUAUAGCCUAGUCAGUGAGCGACCCGGGGGAGUUAUGGCGCAUCGCGCUACUGUGAUAUUGUGGACAGGCAACUUACGGAACGUUACAACACGACGGACAAUGAAUGACAU